GGGACGGGGGGCGUGGCCUCCCGGCCUGCCACGCCCUCAGCUCCGCUAUAAGCACCGUGUUCAACGUCGGUUGCUUAAGCCUGUUGCCUGUUGUGUGCGUGUCGUCGGCUGCAGCCAUGUACGUCAGUCCUGCUGGGUAUCAGCCGAUCUAUAACCCUUGCAUUCCCUAUCUGGGGCCCAUUGGUGGCGGCCUGAGGGAGGGGAUGUCCAUCCUCAUCCAUGGGACCAUCCCUGAGAACACCACCCGGUUCUUUGUAAACCUGCUCUGCGGCCCGUCUGAGAGCAGUGACGUCGCCUUCCACUUAAACCCUCGAUUUGACGGCAUGGUUUGGGACAAGGUGGUGUUCAACUCCUGCCGGGGAGGUUGCUGGGAGGCAGAGGAGAAGAUCCACCGCAUGCCGUUUUCUAGAGGCCGGGCCUUUGAAAUGCUGAUCACAGCCACCUCCCACGGCUUCAAGGUCCUAGUCGACGGGAACGAGUUCCACCACUUCAAGCACCGCUUCUCUAUGGACACCGUCUCCUCGUUGCACAUCGCAGGGGACGUUCGCAUUGAGACCAUUAAUGUCAUGGGGGGUGGAAUGGGAUGCGGCAUGGGAGGCGGAUACCCAGGAGGUGGCAUGGCGGUGGGAUACCAAGGUGGAAUGGACCCUGGAAUGGGCGGAGGCAUGAUGAUGGGCGGAGGCAUGGGCGGAGGCAUGGGGAUGGGCGGAGGCAUGGGCGGAGACAUGGGGAUGGGCGGAGGCAUGGGCGGAGGCAUGAUGAUGGGCGGAGGCAUGGGCGGAGGCAUGGGGAUGGGCGGAGGCAUGGGGAUGAGCGGAGGGUACCCAGGCAUGAUGGGACCUGGAAUGGGAGGAGGAUAUCCUGGCGUCAUGCCUGGAACUAUGGGGGGGGAUUACCCAGAAGCCGACAUGCCAAUCAUGUGUGGGCAGCCAGUCUUCCACCCUACGGUGCCCUACACCAUUGCGAUCCCACAGGGGAUGAUCCAUAGGAGGCACAUCAUUAUCAGAGGCAUGGUGGCCUACGGAGGAACCAGGAUGAGCAUCAACUUCCUGGUGAGCAGGUCUCGGGACAUCGCCUUCCACAUGACUCACAGAGUGAGGGAGGGGAUUUUGAUGAGGAACAGCAUGAUCGGCGGCUGCUGGGGCCAGGAGGAGACGGCGCUCAGCAUGAACCCGUUCGUGGAGGGCCAGUACUUCGAGAUCUCCGUUCGCAGUGGGCGCCACAAGUUCAAAGUGUUUGUGAACGGGCAGUUCCUGUUCGAGUUCCACCAUCGCUUCCACCACUUCCACGAGAUCGACACGCUGGAGAUCGAGGGCGACGUGCAGCUCUCCUACGUCCACGUCUGACCUGCUCACGCGGUUCUGUCAGAUGCUGUCUGUCUGUUUCAGACGAUGCUGCUUCUGCUGUCGGAGCAUUAAAGGUCCUCAUCGUCUGUGUCAUAUCUGGUUUACUGAACAUGUCAGUCGCACAUCUCAUGUCACUGAGACCAACAAUAAAGCUGAACAGAAGCCGCCAUUUAUAAAUAAA